GACCGGAGGCUACGAUGCUUGCUUUGUUGAGUCUCUUAGUGAGCAGCACACAUGUCCAAUUUGCUAUCUAGCGCUUCGAAAUCCCAAGAUGACCGACUGCGGGCACCAAUUCUGCGAAACGUGUCUACCAAGUCCCACUAGCGGCGAAGUCCGCUGGGUCCGCUGCCCCACCUGUCGAUGUUGGCUCGAACCAGACAAGAUUUAUCCAAACAACAUGGUGAAACGCGAAAUUCUAGGACUGAAGAUACUCUGCGACGAGCACGAAGCCGGCUGUCAGUGGAAAGGCCAGCUGAAAGAUCGAGAAGAACACAUGGCCGAGUGUGUCUACAUUACAGAGCUGUGUGACAAUAAAUGCGGCAGGGCGGUGAUGAGAAGAGACAUGAAGAAACAUAAGCGGAAUUCAUGCCCCAAAAGACGUGCUAACUGCUCAUACUGUGACGCAGGAAUGCAGUAUGAAUGCCUUGAGGGUCAUCUUGAUGUCUGUCAAGCUGUUCCAGUACCCUGUGUUUAUCAUUGCGGAGAAACAGUGGCUAGAGGUAAAAUGGCCGUGCACACUGGGAAACAGGGUUCAUGCACUGAGAGUUGCUUGCAGUGUGAAUUUGAGCACAUGGGCUGCAGUUUCAAUGGAAACAGGAAAGAGCUGGAAUUACAUCUCACACAAGCUGCUGUCUCUCACCUCACAAUGUUGGCAAGCUCGUUUCAGUCGAGGUUGGAAAUCGCUGAGAAAAAGACGGUUGAAGUUGAAGAGAAGCUGACCAAGUGUGAGCAAGAACGUGUAGCUAGAGAGCAAGAAAUGCAAGCAAAGCUUAGAGCAAUGGAGGAGAGGCUAGCUAGUUACAGUAGGACGAGAGCAAGCGCAAGAUUGGAUGAUUUGGAAAGGAGAGAGAACCUUCGCAGCAUGGGUUUUCGAGUAUUUCCUAGUAGAGUAUCUCACAGCCAUCGUCGUAAACGUCAGUAUAUCAAAUAAUACAUAAGAUUUCUGUCUGUCACUAAAAGUUGGCAAAAGAACUCUAGCUAUUUGUAAGCUUAUCCAGAAUAAACUUUAAGUAUCAAGAUAGCUAUUGCUUGGUACUUCCUUUUAUACUGUUUUUUAGCAAAUACAUUAUGUCCAGCUAACAUCAAAACGUUGAUGUGCAAUCAGUAAUUUAAUUAUUUCUGUUCUGUUUCCAAUUUUGGCUAUGAGCCAUCAGAAAGAGACCAUGUAGAGUCACGUGAUAUUGAUCAAGCAAGUGGUGUA